AAAUUAAAAUUUAAAAGUAAACUUGUUGCGGAGCUGUCUAAAACCAACAAAAAAAAAACACCCGCUAAUCUCUAGUCUUUGUCUUCCUAUACUUUCUGGUCUCUAGUUCUUCCUCUUUUUUUCUUUCUGGGUUUCCUGCUCUUGAAGAUCUUCUUGAUGAUUCUUUCGGUUGCCUAUUCCGUCUUUACAAUUUGCAAGGAUGCAGCUGGAGUCGCCGGGAAUAUCUUUGCUUUUGGGCUGUUUGUGUCACCUUUGCACACGUUUAGGCGAAUUGUCAGAAACAGUUCAACCGAGCAGUUCUCAGGGUUACCAUACAUUUAUACCCUAUUGAACUGCUUGAUCUGCAUGUGGUACGGAACACCAAUCGUAUCUCCAGACAAUUUAUUGGUUUUGACUGUUAAUUCAGUUGGUGCAGUUUUCCAACUAUUCUACAUAAUCCUCUUCAUAAUAUAUGGCGAUAAGCCAACAAAGGUGAAGAUGCUUAGUUUGCUACUGGCAGUUCUUGCCUUAUUUGCAGCAAUAGUAUCCGGGAGUUUGCAGAUUGCUGAUCCUUGGAUGCGGCGCAUGGCUGUUGGAUUGUUGAGUUGCGCCUCUCUCAUAUCAAUGUUUGCUUCUCCAUUGUUUAUAAUUAAUUUGGUGAUCCGGACAAAGAGUGUCGAGUACAUGCCAUUUUUUCUCUCCCUUUCCACCUUCCUAAUGAGCACCUCUUUCUUACUAUAUGGAGUCUUAAAUUAUGAUGCCUUCAUUUACGUUCCAAAUGGGAUAGGAACCAUUUUGGGGAUAGUACAAUUGUCGUUGUACUCUUACUACAGUAAAUCGUCCGGAGAAGACUCCACAGAACCACUGAUAGUUUCAUAUGCAUAAAAUCCAUCUUCCAACAAGGUCUUACCUAUACAUAUUUUCAAGUGAAAUUUGCACUUGUUUUGAUCGUAUGUCUGGACAGAAAUUCUGUAGUUUUUAGGCUUGGCUAUACAUCAAGAUUCAAGGCCAUGUAGUCUGCAUAUUUUCUUUGUGUGUACUAAAUAGAUUCAUUAAGUGAAUAUUGAAUAAGUGAUUGCUAUGCUUCUGCUCCAAGAACAUUUUCGCAUUCCAUCCACCACUAAUUUUUGUUGUCAAUUAUUCUUUUUGUUGUGUAGACAUGUAAAUUUGAGAAUUUAAGAGUUGUAUUUCUCAUUUUUCUUUUCCAAUAAGACUUGAAACAGUUGAAGGACUUAAAGUAUAUAUGGUUUUUUCCAAGA